AAGAACUGAAGAUGUGCCAACAGGAAGGGCCCAGGCCUGCCCUAUUUCCUCCUUGGGGUCUGCUGGCCACAUUUUGAGCUUACCUCUCCUGCCCCCUAACCCCCACCUCAGUAACAGGUUUUAUUAAUUUUGGCCAAAAGCCCCUCGCUACACAGAGCCAAGAGGAGUGAUUCUUCCCCUGAAGAACUCCUGAGUGUGCCAAGCCCUGGCCAGGGGCCUUGACUUCCCAUCAUGUGCCCACCCCUCGCUCCAGAGUUUGGCUAUAAGAGCAAUCCUUCAAGAAAGCUGAUGGCACCGGCCUGAGAGAUUCUAGAAGGCUCCAUUCGGGGAGUGGUCCUAACAGGAGAAUGCUGCUGCUCUGGACACUGCUGUUGUGCUGGCGGCUGCUACAUCGAGUCCAAGGGAUGACCCAUAGUCCUCUCCUCCUGCGGAUCAGCGAGAGCCAGCUGGAAACAGACAUUUCAGAUCUAUUCACUAAGCACCAAGUCCUCAAGGGUCUGAUCAGGAUGCCUGUAACUGGAUCCCCAAGUGAGGGUGUGUCUGUCCUGGACACCCUGCCCUUCGUCAGAAAGGAGUUGGUUAGGAAGAAGAGUGGGCUGGACUUGUCGCUCGUAGGGGACCUGCUCUCCGGAAAGACCAUGCCUGAGCUGAAGAAGUUACUGGAGACAGCUGGGUUGGUCAUAGAAGAUGCCAAGGGACCGGAAGUCACCCUGGAAAUUUUAAGUGACAGCCUGCUGCAGAUCACACUGCGCUGCAAACUGUACCUCUCGCUCCUGGAGAUCCUGUGGCUGGAAGUCAUCAAGAACAUACGCAUUGGAGUACGGCUAGAACAGAUAGGGAACAAGACCCAGGUGGCCCUCGAAGAGUGCCAUACACCACCUGGAAGCCUCAACAUUGAGAUCCUGAAGCAGGCAGACACCCUGUUGCCAAACCAGCUGCUGAAACUAGUGACUGAGAUCCUGGACGGGUCACUGCCAUUUCUCCUCCAGAAGAUAGUGUGCCCUGUGACCACAAACCUCCUCAACUUCCUGCUGGAAGACCUGCUACACAUUAUUCUUCCUCCAAUCAUUUCGGGUCCCGAUGAUUUCCAGUACUAUGUGACCAGCACAGAGUUCACAGAGGGAGCCAUCCUGAUGAAAGUGCAGCUUGUGACUCCCUGUGGCCCACACCAGCGGGCCUCAAGGCCGGAGCAUGUGGUUCCUCCACCUCUUCCAGCAUUAGCCCAGGACAGCAUGGCAGACUUUGCCUUUUGGCUCGAAAUCUACAAUGACAUCCUGUCCUGUCUGUACACCAGUCAGGAGAUCUUCGUGGAGCCCCAAGACUCCUCGGAAACCGGCCUGUGGGAGCUGUUGUCCCUGAGUGCCCUGACGCCCAGGCCAGAGGUGUAUAAUCUGACCAGAGGGAGCCCGGGACUGAUUAUCAGCGCUCUGGAUCCCCCCACUGUCCUCCUUGAUGACUUCGGGGCCACAGUCACCCAGCAGGGCUUACUGAUGCUGCAGGGGACCAACAAUGCCUCCUCUGGUGCAGUUGCCUGGCGACUCCUCUCCAAAGCUGCAUUCUCCACAAGAAGUCAGAAACUAAAACCCCAGUUCAUGCCACACAGCACUGUGGUCACCUUGGAUUCCUACCCCACCAUCAUUGAGGAGCAGGAAGAGCAUCUGAAGGCCUUGCUCUUGGUGGUCCUGAAGAGGCAGUUCCUGCCUCACCAUAACGAGUGGCUCAGAGAGCAUGGCCUCCCACUGCCCAACAUCAAGGGCAUCUCCUUCAGCCAGGCCCAAGUGGACUUCUCUGAGAAUUACAUACUACUGACCAUUCCCGAGUAGCUGCUCUGCAGAGGACCAGUCCCUGGGAAAGCACAUUUUAUGAGAAGUUGGGGCACACACAAGGACUCUGCUCUGUCCACAGAAUUACAUACUACUGACCAUUCCCGAAUAGCUGCUCUGCAGAGGACCAGUCCCUGCCCCAGCUGCACAUGCUCAAGACCCUAAAGUCCAUGAUCUGCUUCAGUCCCAGUGGAGUUCU